AUCCAGACUUAGUGACGUAACUCUCCUGAGGGACACAGAAAACCCCGAAACAGUAACAAUUAUGAUUUCGUACAACAAUGUUUUUUUUUUUUCCCUUUUUCUUUUUCUUUUUCUUUUAUAAAACUUUUUUUAAGGCGUUUGAUGCAUUGAAAACUGUUUGUCUUUACCAAAAAAAAAAAAAAAAAACCACAGUUAAACACAGUAAUUUUCAAUAUUUUUUUUGGAAAAUUUUACAUUAUAACCCUCUAAUAUUAUGUUUUCUAUGUUGUGCCACCUCUUAAGUUACACAUUGCAACCCUCAGGUAUAAUUAGUAAGUGACCUUGCCGCCGCGGUUAACAAAUUAUGUUGAUUCAAUCACCGUUAGUGGGCCGACUCUCCACUUAUUAAUAUUUUUUAUCGAUUUGCGUGUCGGAAUAUGUUCAGUUAGAUGUGGAAAAAAAAAAGUAAAAUACAGCAAAGGUGGAAGUUAAAGCAACGAAUCCCAAAACGCAGUCGUUUAACCUCAAAGCAACUAAAGAACAGAGGCACGAGUAAAAAAGCUCCUCUUCUCUUCUCCUCCCCUUUUUCAAACUCUUCAUCCUCCAAUUUCCACCAAAUUUAAUUCAAUUUACCUCAAUUUUUGCUUCACACUAAGUUUGCAGGCAAACAUCAUGGAUCAUCAUCAAUAUGGAGGAGGAAGCUGGAGUAUGAUCCCCAACAUUACGCAUAACAACUUAUCUACAGCCUCCACUCAAGAUCCUCUCUUUCUCUCGUCUCAGCCCCAGCACCAACAGCAGUUUCAUCUUCAGCAACAACAACAACAACAACAGUUUGGCCUUCAUCAUCAACAACAACAGUUUCAGUCACCACAACACCAACAAUACAUUCAGCAAUCUCCCCAACAACAGCAACAACAGUUUGUUCAACAACAACAACUGCAACAGCAAUUUGUUCAUCCCUUGCCACAACAACAACAACAACAACAACCUCAACAACAACAACAACCACAACAACAACAACAACCACAACAACAGCAACAGUAUGUACAUCCUUCACCGCAACAACAGCAGCAACAAUUUGUUCAUCCUUCGCCUCAACAACAACAGCAACAAUUUGUUCAUCCUUCGCCACAACAGCAGCAGCAACAGUAUGUUCCUCCUUCGCCCCAACAGCAGCAGCAACAGUAUGUUCCUCCUUCACCCCAACAACAGCAGCAGCAAUUUGUGCAACAGUCCCCUAAACAACAGCAGCAGCAGCAGCAGCAGCCACAAAUACAAACACAGAGGUUUCAUCAGCAAUAUGUACAGCAAUCGCCACAACAACAACAACAAUUUCAGCAACCAUCACAAUUUCAGCAGCAAUCGCAACAGCUGCAACCACAACAACAACUUGUGCAACAAUCACCACAACAGUCGCAGCAACAGCAACAGCAACUGCAGUUACAACCACAGCAGCCGCAGCAGCAUCAGUCACUUGCUUCUCAUUUCCACCUCUUAAAUUUGGUGGAAAAUCUAGCUGAUGCAGUUGAGAAUGGGACUCGGGAUCAGCAUGCUGAUAAUUUGAUUGGGGAGCUGAACAGCUGCUUUGAGAAGUGCCAACAACUUUUGAACUCUAUUUCAGGGACAAUUAAUUCAAAAGCCAUGACAGUGGAAGGGAAAAAGCGCAAGCUGGAAGAAAGCGAGCGAUUGCUCAAUCAAAGGAGGGAUUUAAUUUCCUACUAUAAAAAUUCUGUGGAAGAGCUGAUUAAAUCGGAGCCUUGAUACAUAAUUGAACUCCAAUUUCGGCUUUGGAUUUCUUGAGGGCUCUGGUUUGCAAUAACUUAUGGCUCAUCGUCAGGGGAUUGCAAUUUAUGAUCAGAUAGUAAUAAGUCCCACAAUCUUUGAAUGUUGAUAGCGGUGCUUGGAACGUUGAUGGAGAUAAUAGUUGUGGAAGCUACAUUCUUGGAAUAAUAUUCCUCAUUAAAUAAAAGCCCCAUUUGAUCUGAUAAAAUGUGUGUAAAAUAUCAUAAUCUCAGUGAAUUGGGGCAGCUUGUUGUUCUAGUUCUGUUCUUUUGUUUUCUUUUAAGGUUUCAGAAUUCUUGUUCUGUAAUAAAGAUCAUUUUUAGGUGCAGCAUGUUCAUGAAUUACUAGUAUGUAAUUUUUGCCAGAAAACUUUCAAACAUGUCUCAACCUCUGAUAGGAGUUUUGGUGAUUGUUUGAUCAAUAAGAAAAGCCUAAUUUGCCUUGUUGAAGUUUCAA